CAGCUUGGUUUUGACAUUCUGUACUCUUUCUUUAUUAUAAACAUCUUUGUCAUCUUAGUCAAAUUAAAGGAUUGCCGUUUCGAUUCUGAAGAUCUUAGUUUUCUAGGGUUUUUUAAGCUAAAAUAUUCAGUACCCCAAGCUUGCAUACCAUUCUUUUUCAUAGUAAAGCUGCAAUAAUAGGUUCCUAAAAUACAAUUCUGGGUUUUUCCUUUGUAAUCAAUUGGAUCACCAUGAUGGGAGGACAAUCUAGCAAGAAGAAAGGUAGUGAUGCAACACCACCAGCCCUCCAAAUGAACAUUGAUUCUCAAUUCUCAGCCGAUCUUAGCUCAUAUGAGGCCGCUUGUACACUUGAUCCGGACUUGCAAUCCUUUGAUAAUAUUAUUCAUGAACGUAUCAGCCGUGUUAGGAGCUCACUUUCUACCGGUGUUGAGGAUUGGGUUGAUGAGGAAAGGUAUGUCAAGACGUUGGAGGAGCUAAAGAAGUUUAAGGAAGCUGGGAAUCCAUUCACAGAGGAGUUCUUUACAUUGUUUCAGUUGGUGUAUAAGCAGCAGUUGUCUAUGUUGCAGAAAUUGCAGAGAAGAAAAAGAAAGCUUGAUAAGAAACUGAAAUCCAUGACAACAUGGAGGAUGGUGGUGGUGGAUUUGGAGGUUUUAGCAGCCAACAAGGAUCAGCUUUUGGUGGGGUUGCUGGAGGAACUGGAAAUAGAUUUGGCUGUGUUUUUUGAGCAGCAGAAAGUGCAUUUAGUUAGAAAGGGUUGGCAGUAUCCAUGGAAUCUUUAGAGUAGGAACUGAAAGUGUAUUUAGUUUGAGACAAAAUUGGCUUGUUUUGGUAGGUUGUUAUUUUGGGGAUUGCUAGAACUGUUGGAACUAUCAUUUUCCAGAUUUCUUGAUUGUAUUUAC